CUCAAAUAGCUUCUUCCUCUAAGACUGUUACAGAUCUCUGAUCUACUAGGUUGCUUGUCAUGCUGUUACCGAGAAAUAUAGAUGAACAAGACUGUCAAGAUCGUGGUGCUGUCUGAGACAACCAAUCAAGACUGAGAAAUAAGGAAGUCUAUUCCUAUUUAAAGGUCUUGUACCUCAUUAUCUCCUUUGAAAAUCAAUGCAGACUUCUGUUAUUUACAGACUGUACACUGCAAGUAAAGUGUGAAAACAUCAAAAUGAGGCAAAGUUCUGCGUUUCUCUUCAUUUUGAACUGCUACGUCCUCACAACCCUGACCGAUGGCUUUUCUUUACGCAACUGCUCCAUUUAUUUCCCUUUCGAAUACUCUGGCCACCUGAAGGUGCUGUGUAACAGGAUGGGCUACAGAACGAUACCUUCACCGUUACCCAGCAACACUGUCAAUCUGGAUAUUUCCUACAAUGCCAUCCAUCGGAUCGUCGAGGGGGAUUUCACCAGACUGUCAAAUCUGGUCAUUUUAAACAUAUCUCACAAUCGGAUAUAUGAAAUACACGCCAAUGCACUGAGCAAACUAACAAACCUGGAAGAGCUCAACUUGUCCUACAACAGAAUCAAAACGGUGACCCCAAAACUGCUAGACGGACUUGCAAAUCUGACUUAUUUAAGACUAGACUCGAAUUACAUAGACACGAUUGAAAACCAGUCGCUUGCGACACUUUCGAACUUGAGGCUCGUCAACUUUACCAAUAACAGGUUAAGGCACAUUUCCAAACUCCAUCCUCUUCUACAAGUACCGCACCUGGAGGAACUUUAUUUGGGAAAAAACGGCUUUAGUGUUUUCAACUCGAGCGACAUCCCUUCUGCAUUCUUAGGCUUGAAGAAACUGGAUUUGUCGAUGAAUCCCUUGACAGUUUUCAAGAUGGCGGAAAACGUCUUUCCUGCUCUCGAGUACUUGGACUUGUCGUCCUGUUUCCAGACCAAUACUUCCGUUUGUUUUAUUCUAGACAAGGCGUUCCUGAAAGCGGUUAAGACUCUCAACCUCAGCAGGAAUCACAUUGAAGAAAACCAAAUGGGUUAUAUAAUGCAGAAUUUCUCUUCUGUGUCCUGGAUGGCACUGGAUGGUCUGAAACAUUUCAAGGUGGAGACUCUUUUACAGAAGGCAUGUUCUCCCAGUCUGACGGGUCUCCACUUGGAGGACAACCAACUUUCUGUACUCACCGAUCGCAUGUUUAGGCCGUGUGCUCUUUUGAACAAGUUGCACCUAAGAAACAACAGAGUAUCGAGAAUCUACAAGUCGUCCUUCGAACGUCUAGUCAACUUGACAGAGUUACGGAUACAAAAAAACCUUCUGACGCAAGUGAACGACACUCUCCGGUUCCUCGCCAACUUACAAGUCCUCGAUCUUCAUCUCAACAGCAUCGAAAAUCUUGACUGUGCCGAUUUUGCGAAUCUGACGCAGUUACGACAACUCUAUCUGCACAAGAACCAAAUUGUGACAAUCAAGCCAUGUGUAUUUAAAAAUUUAGGAAAUCUCGUAGAACUCAUUUUAAGUAGCAAUCGUUUGCUAACGGUCAGUGACACCUUUACAUACGGCCCCCGAAACUUACAAUACCUGGUUUUGAGUAACAACAAGUUUGGUGACAUCAAAAGCUACUCUUUUAAAGCUUUGGAUUCCCUUCAGACCUUGCAUCUCUCAGAUAGCCAAAUAUUAAAUAUCCAUUCGUACGCUUUCGCAGGGCUGAGAAAUUUGACAGACUUGCAUCUUGCAUCUAACAAAAUCACAGAAAGGACUCUAGGAAAACACGCUGUGUUCGUGGAUAUACCUAACUUACAGAGUAUAGAUCUGAGUUGCAAUUACAUCUCGUACAAUACUCAAGAGGAGCUUAAAAGGCCACCGUUCAUCUUGUUAUCUGAACUGAGAGUUUUGAAGAUUUUCAGUCAACGUCGAGGCUUAAACUACAUCCCUUCGAACUUACUGAAAGGUCUCAAAAACUUGCAAGCCUUGUAUGCUGAGAAUAUUGAUGUCCAGAAUUUACACGUGGACACAUUUAGUUACACUCCCAAGCUUACGUACUUGGAUUUGACGAAUAAUAACCUUGUAAACAGGAAUGCCUUGACGGCCAGGCUUUUCCAGCCAAUUUCUGCCCUAAACAAGAUCGUAUUGGGUCGGACUCACCUUAAGUCUUUGGACUUCCUAGUCGAUGCAAAUCUCUCCAGUUUGACGAUCCUACGAGCCAAGACCAAUGACCUUCAAUUUAUGAACCAAACUGUCAUCCAAUCGCUUCCUCGACUCAAAGUGCUUGACUUGCAAAACAAUAGCUUCACGUGCGACUGUAGCAAUGCUUGGUUCAUCGACUGGGCCAUCAGGAACAAUAAAACUCAGGUGAUUUACCUCAACAGGUACGAAUGUCGCUAUCCCCUUUCUUUAAGUGGAAAGAGUCUGGCAGCAUUCAACACCGAAUCCUGCAAUGUGAAUUACGACUUCAUCUGCUUUGCCUACAGCUUUUCCGUUGUCAUUCUCACUCUAGUCAUUUCGUUUAUCUACCACUUUCUAAAAUGGCAGCUGGUCUAUGCGUACUACCUCUUUUUAGCUUUCCUUAAAGACAAGAAGAAGAAGCAAGCCUCAAAUAAUGUGGAUUUCCAAUAUGACGCCUUCAUUUCGUACAACGUUCAAGAGGAGCCGUGGGUUCUGGAAGAACUUGUGCCCAAACUUGAAAAUCAACACGGAUUGAGAUUGUGCCUUCAUCACCGAGAUUUCCAGCCAGGAAAGGCCAUUAUCGACAACAUCGUGGACGCAAUAUACAACAGCCGCAAAACCGUCUGCUUGAUAACGCACAACUACCUGAAAAGCGUUUGGUGUUCGCACGAGAUCCAGGUGGCCAGCUUCAGGCUUUUUGAUGAACAGAAAGACGUUCUGGUUUUAGUUUUUCUCGAGGAUAUUCCUGCGCACCAGCUUUCGCCGUAUUAUCGAAUGCGCAAACUGGUGAAGAAGCGGACGUAUCUACGCCACCCCAAACCAGGAGAAGAUACUCGGGCGUUCUGGCAGAAACUCAAAGUGGCCAUCGAGUCUAAAGAGAACUUGGAGGACAGACAGAUCCUUUCUGCAAAAGACGAAGAUCCUAUUUAAAGACCGGGCUGCAAUUUUUAUUUUUUUUUUUGCCACUUUUUAUUCAACCCAUGCCUUGUUUCCGCUAAGUUUAAUAUUCUAUCCACUGAAGAAUAAGAUAUCCCCUUUAUCCAACCCAACCCUAAACUUACUUGAUAGUGUUUACAAAUGCAUAUGUGACAUCAAAAAGCAGCUGUGCUAUUUUAUUGAAUUCAAUUAAAUUCAAGCUUAUUUGUAUAGUGCUUUUCUCGGUGCAAAUCUACAUUUUUAAAGUUUCUACAUUAUAUUUAGUAAUUGCUUAUCAGUGGUGACUAAUUCAGGUUGAUGUAAAUAUGGCAGUGAAACAGUUAGUUAAAGUCAUUUAAUCGAACAGACAGUGAAAACGAAGAUUAUGUUGUGAUUAAAUUUCUAGCAAGAUUUGUUUAGUUUUGUUGAACCGUAGUUUAAAGGGAUUCGUAAAGGCAGCACUUCAUCAAUCAAAGCUACUGAAUUAGAAAACUGUAUAUGCGAUGAUGUUAAUUGUGUAAAAAAAUUAUAAUCAUUAUUAAUCAAAACUCUGUUUGCUAUUUAAAAUGUUGUUUUUUAAAAAUGCAAUUAAAUGUAAACAGCCACAUUUGCUGAACUGAAGGCUGUGCGAUUUUAUAUAUGAUUUUAUAUAUAUAUAUAUAUAUAACAAUAAUAAUAAAACAAUAACAAAAUUUACCACUACAGUAUUUUUUAUUAAUAUCAAAGUAGUAAUACUAUAUUUAAAAAAUCAGAAGUCUGUAUUUUUCAGCUUUUUGAACCAAACCAAGCCAAUCAUUCUAUAAUCAUUCUUUAUUUCCUAAAGUAACAAAAUGUACAAAAAUGUACUUUUUUUGGCUUUUUUGUGCAUUUUACAUUGCACAAUAUAUUGCGGAAAAACGAAAUAUUGUCAGUGUCCCUUUUUUUCUAACGCUUCACACAAUUCGUCACGUGCAAAACUCGCUCAAAAUGAAUGUAGCUGCAAAGUGAUGAGUGCGCAUCGCUAAAUACACAGCGACUGCAUCAAAAAGCGGCUCUAAAUCUCGACUAGCGAUGUGCUCUUUGAUGUGAUUUACGGGCAACGCUGUGAUACCAAUCAAAACUUCAUCGCCUUCAUCCUUGAGCUGGGGCGUGCUCCAGAUAUGACAGGCCGGCGCGCAUAUAUCUUCUUUAGUGAAUGAAGGUUCGCUCUGUGCCGUUCUCUCGGAGGAGACGGGCAUCUGAAUGAAAUUUCCAAUGAGAAUCAGACAGAUGGCAUCGCUGCUCUCAAAGGCUCUCGCGCUUCAAACACACAUCUAGAAAAUCAAGGGCAUGUGAAAUGACCACCCUGAGCAUAAACCAUAAAACAUUUAUAUGUGGUUCCAGGUUUUAUAUCGCGUGGAGCGGAAUAGCUUCUUCCUCACCAUCAUCAUCAUCAGUAUCUGUAUCAGAAGUGGUCUUGUUUAAUUACCCUCUCUUCUAGUGACCUUUUGACCUCUGAAGGCUCAUGGGACACGUACGCGGCCGAGAGCUCGGCUCCUGCCAGAUACCGUUGGCAACCUCAGGGCGCUCUCCACUUCAGAUCCAGCAAGUUAUCAAUCAUUUCCCUCCGCAGUCCCUGCCAGGACGUCCCGCGCAGACGCGCUAAUGCUAAAACGCUACGACCUUCCGCUGAUUGCACCACUCUUCUGCAAACACGGUGUUCAAAGGUCUGGGUCCACUCGAGGAAAAUGCUUCUGUUUUAGCACAAAUACGUUACGUUAUCUUUGCAUUUACAUUUAUUCGUCUAGCAGACAUCGAGCAGAAUGCAGUAACAGGCGAACAGACACAGGAAGUGACUGCAAUGCAAUUUUCGGCAUCAGAACGCUGUGUAACAUUGAACCAAAAUGUUUUUUUUGGAUCUCAGUGUACAUCUAAAAUUUAAGAAAUUUAAAAUAGAGCUCCAGGUCCGCUGUGCGUAGGCGCACGUUAUAUAUUAUAUAUAAGCAUUAAACCAAAUGAAGGAUUACA